UUUCCGCUUGGAAGCUGAGGAAUAAUUGUUUUAGGGGGGGGGGAUAUAUGGCCUUUCACGUAGCUUGCCCAAUUACAUGCCGUCGUCUCUGCUUCUGCUCCCUAGGGUUUUCUCGGGAUCUCCGUGGAGCCAAUGCGAAAGAGGAGUUUCUGAAUGAGGUUAAUCGAGUGGAGGAUUUACUCAUCGAUCCAUGGGGCUCUUCUAGGGUUCUUAAUCAAGGUACGGUUCAGGUUAAGGUUCCUAAGGUCGCUCCUGCUACUCAGACGGCUUCAAUUUUGGGGGUUGGAGAUGGCUUCAUUGAUGAAACGGCGGAGGAAGCUUCGGCGCAGAAGAAGCGUGCAUCUCUUCAGAGACAAGCCGCCGUUACGGUUGAGGCUGCCGAGGAUUACGCUCGGAGGUUUGAAUCUGGUGUCAAUGAGCUUCCUUCAAAAGAUCAUGCUGGUGAGGAACUAGCUCAGUCUGGCAUGAAUAUAAUGUGCAGAAUGUGCUUCUUGGGAGAAGGCGAAGGAACUGAGAAAGCAAGGAGGAUGCUCUCCUGUAAAGACUGUGGCAAGAAGUACCACAAGAAUUGUUUAAAGUCUUGGGCCCAACAUCGAGAUCUAUUUCAUUGGAGUUCAUGGACUUGUCCCUCGUGCCGGGUUUGUGAGGUCUGCCGUAGAACAGGAGAUCCUAACAAGUUUGUGUUCUGCAAAAGGUGUGAUGCUGCUUACCAUUGCUAUUGCCAACAUCCUCCACACAAGAAUGUAAGUUCUGGGCCAUAUCUGUGCCCAAAGCAUACAAGAUGCCACAGCUGUGAUUCCACUGUCCCUGGAAACGGCCUAAGUGUCAGGUGGUUUUUAUCAUAUACUUGCUGUGAUGCUUGUGGCAGAUUGUUUGUGAAGGGAAAUUAUUGCCCUGUAUGCUUGAAGGUGUAUAGGGAUUCCGAAUCAACACCAAUGGUAUGCUGCGAUAUUUGUCAACGCUGGGUGCAUUGCCAUUGCGAUGGAAUAAGUGAUGAGAAAUAUCAUCAGUUUCAAGUUGAUGGAAACCUACAAUAUAAAUGUGCCACAUGCCGUGGAGAGUGUUAUCAGGUGAAGGAUCAUCAGGAUGCAGUUCAAGAACUUUGGAAGAAAAAAGAUGUGGUUGACAAAGAGUUGGUUGCUAGUUUAAGGGCUGCUGCUGGUUUGCCAACAGAGCAAGAAAUAUUUUCGAUAUUUCCGUUUUCAGAUGAUGAAGAUAAUGGUCCCGUAUCUGGGCGCUCAUUAAAGCUCUCUAUCAAAGGUUUGGUGGAAAAAUCCCCGAAGAAAAGCAAGGAGUAUGGGAAGAACUCUUUUAACAAAAAACAUGCUAGUAAAAAAGGUAAUCACACUAAGUUAGAGCCCCAACAGGAUUCUGAAGCUCAACAGGAGAUUGAAUCUCAGAGACGCAGGCUAGGUGGUGCCAAAGUUAACAAUGUGGAGUUCCAGAUAAAUGAACGAUCUGAUGUUCAUUCUUCUGUAGCUGGAAUCUGCUCAACACAUGAACCGAAGAUUGUAAAACACAAGAGGGUUGAUGAUGUUAUGGUGACCGAUGAGGAAAAGCCAUCAAGAAUAGUCAGAAUAAAGUGUAGCAAGCCUAAUGAUUCUGAUAGCGAGGAUUUCCAAAGGAAUGCAGGCGAUGAGAAAUCUGUAAAGGCAAAGAAGUUGGUCAUUAAUCUAGGUGCUAGGAAAAUAAAUGUCAGUGAUUCUUCUAAGUCCAAUGUUGUAUCUCAUUUACCGAGGGACAAAGAUCAAUCGUCGGGCGAAGUAAGAACCUUGAAGAUUUCUGGAAGGUUUGGGAAAACUCAAUCUGAAGGAAGUAAAGCUACAUUUGGGUUGAUCACUCAGUUCCCUGCAUCUACAAGUGAAGGAAGUCAUGUGGAUGACAGAACAUCCAUCUCACCAUCUUUACAGAAAGAAGCAAGACCUCUGCUAAAAUUUAAACUCAGGAAACCUAAUUCGGGAGAUCAGACAUCUUUGGUUACAACACAGUCUGAGGAUGAAAAGCUGAGUACUGCAAAGGGUCAAAGAUCAAAGAGAAAGAGACCUUCAAGCUUAGUGGACAAGGCUUCUUUGGAGGAAGACGGUGAAACUACAACACAUUCUCAUCCAGAUAGUUCAAGGAACGAUGAGAUGAUGGAUGCUAACUGGAUUUUGAAGAAGUUGGGUAGAGAUUCAAUAGGAAAGAGAGUCGAAGUUCAUGGAUCUCAAAACUCAUGGAAUAAAGGAACAGUGACAGACGUUAUUGGAGACACGUCCACACUGUCAGUUUCUCUAGAUGAUGGAAGCAUCAAGACAUUGGAACUUGGAAAGAACAGAAUCCGCUUCAUACCGCAGAAGCAAAAGAGGUCGAGGAGUUGAUUAGAGUAAUUGGACCAUCAAGAGCAGCGUUUUAGUCACCAACUUUCUGUGUGUGAGCCACAUGAAGAAGAUUUGAGUGUUGAGGUAUUUCACGCGUCUGGGUGGUGAUUAUCAGUAAGAAGAACAACACCAAAUUUUGUAGAUAUUACUUGUGAUGUUGAAGGUAGGCUAUGAUGUUGUUAAGGCUCAAUUGGUAACUCGCUCAUUUGCGCUAGGUCCAUACUUUUUGCAGACUCAUGUUAACAAUUUGUUCAAAUUUAAGCAUGUAUUAUGGAAUUGUAUUAUGAGUCUGACUAUAAAUAUAAAAUUCUUCAGUUGUACU